AUGGACCUUGUAUCAGCGCCCCGUGGGGAAAGCCCGCCGUUGAAGUCUCCGCUGGUGGAGGUCAAAGCCGCGGAGGUUGAGGGGGCACUUGCGACAGAAAACGCUUCGACUGGCGAGAAGGGCGCUAUUUCGCAGUCUGAGUACGAGACGGACAGCGACGGCUUGGAGGACGAAUGGGAGACGCAGUCUCUCUACGAAGACGCCAUUCAAGUGCUCCGCGAUGAACAGUUGCGCGACGGAUCCAUUCCUGAUGCCUGUACCCUCGAAGAGGCUGUUGCGUUCCGGAAAAGAUUGCAUGAGAUUGGCAAGGCGGCGUUUGUGGAGGAAACGAUUGCUCGCGAUACUGUCACGGCCAAGAAAUUGUGUACUGCUUUCGGGAUUCUGCCUCCAGCUUUUCUCGACGGUGCCCCGGAUGAGGCCUUCCAUCCUUUGUUGGCGAUUGCGAUUUCGAGGGAGUUCACCAGGCGCCAGAAGUUGUCGGAAUACAACUCGGUCGACGAUGCGGUGAAGUUACUCAAGGAGUCAAAGAAUAUCAUAGUUUUGACUGGGGCAGGUAUCUCCACGAGCCUCGGUAUUCCGGACUUCAGAUCCAAGGACACUGGACUCUACUCGCAAUUAGAACAUCUGGGCCUCAGCGAUCCUCAGGAAGUGUUCGAUAUCCACAUCUUUCGCGAGGAUCCUAGCAUAUUUUAUUCGAUUGCAAAAGAUAUUCUGCCCACCGAGAAGAAGUACUCACCAACCCACGGGUUUAUCCGGUUGUUGCAAGAUAAAGGAAAGCUACUCACCAAUUAUACCCAAAACAUUGACAAUAUCGAAGCCAAUGCGGGCGUUCUUCCGGAGAAUAUUGUUCAGUGCCACGGCUCCUUCGCAAAGGCCACAUGUGUUAAGUGCCAGUACAAAGUCCCGGGUGACGCGAUCUAUGACGAGAUCAAGAAAGGAGUUGUUCCUGAAUGCGCCCAGUGCCGGAAGCAGAUUGCUGAGGAUGCGCUGAAGCCACAGGGGCAGAAGCGGAAGCGCAAUGGCACCGGUGCUCACAAGGAUAGGAAGGCUAAUGGCGAAGAUAGCUCGGAUGAUGAAGACUACGAAAUACCCACUCCUGGGGUGAUGAAGCCCGACAUCACAUUCUUCGGAGAAGAUCUUCCAGAUGAGUUUGGUCAUCGUUUGCUUCACCAUGACCGAGACAAAGUUGACCUGGUCAUUGUCAUUGGAACUUCACUCAAGGUUGCGCCUGUUGCGGAGGUUCCAGGAGUUCUACCACCUAACGUGCCUCAGAUUUAUAUUUCUCGGACUCCUGUAACACACACGAGCUUUGAUAUCGAUUUGCUAGGCGACUGCGACGUGGUGGUGUCUGAACUUUGUCGCCGGGCUGGAUGGGAGUUGAAGCAUGAGAUGAUACCCCCGGACGAAAAGGUCGAUAUCGCCCCGGUUUAUGGUUACGACUCACGACAUGUAUUCAAGGUUGUCGGCGCAUAG